AUGAGUAGUGACUAUACGGCGAUAGAGUCGGAUAUUCCCGCAGACACGAAUCCUCCUCCCUCCUAUCAGAAUGUACUGGGACAGAUGGAAACAGAACAAACCAAUACCAAUUCACAGACCACCAAUGGCUCAACUGGGCCACAAACUUGGACUGACAGACUCAAGGAGUCGUCUCACCCUGUUGCUUUACUCUUUUACAUGUUUUUCAGAUUGGCACCAAUUUUCAUAUACAUCUUUGGCAAUCUCUUCAUAGGCUUGAUUACUCUGAAGAACAAGUUCAUUCUUCAUUUCAUAAUUUUGAUUUUGCUUUUUGCUGCUGAUUUCUGGAAUUUGAAGAAUGUAGCUGGUAGAUUGUUGGUAGGCUUGAGAUGGUGGAACGAGACUAACGCAACUGAAGGCAAUGUUGGCGAAUUCGAAAACGUAUGGGUUUUUGAAACCGCUGAUCCCAACAGAUACAUCAACCCCAUUGAUAGCAAAGUGUUUUGGAUUCUCUUGUAUGCUCAACCAGUUGUUUGGAUGGUGUUUGCCUUUUUGUGUGUGUUGAAGUUCCAGUUCUUGUACUUGUUGUUGAUAAUAAUAGCGAUCUCGUUGUCGUUGACGAAUGCAAUGGCUUUUACGAAAUGUGAUAAGUUUGGAAAGGCUAACAAUUUCGCUACUGAUAUCUUCUCCAGAGCAACAGGCAGCAUUUUCAGCAGAUUGAACCCAUUUGCAUCGUGA